AGCAACAAACACAACAAAAUAUACGGGGCCAAGGUGGGAGUGAGAUGCACGGAAGAACUGUUUCUGCUGCUCUAAAAAGACAACUUACUGUCCAGCUGUAUCCUGUGGGCCGACACCAUCCGAGCUGGGUCCAAAACGAGGCAGGAGUGCGCUCGAGCAGCCUCGAGGCAAACCCAGGCCACCGCCCGAUCGGGAACUUCCAGUGGCAAACCACCAGCUCACUCACCCUCACGAUCGAGAUGGUGAUUGACUUGGGGUUGAAAGGAAGAAGAGCGACAUAACAUAGGCGCAGGUGGCUUGCAACCGAUCCGGAUUAUUUUAAUUUCUUCUCUUUCUCCCCAACAAACCAGACUACAUACACCCUCUUCCCAUCUCUUCCUUCAUCUCACCAACUCCAACCACUAUUCCGAUUCAUCAAUAGCAUACUAUAACACGGUUUCCCAUGGCCUUUCAAACCAACGUCUUUCGAAACGGAGAAUGGGUAACCGAGACCGUUGAUCUGCAAGCCGUUCUCAACUCGCAAAAUGGAGGAUCCAAGGGCUCAGUGAGGCCGGAUUUCCCGAGACCCCCGAAACCACCCCAAUGCGGCCUACUUACGAAAACAUUGGUCGAGAGUGGACUGGCAAACUCGAUCUUGCCAGUUAUGCUACGGUCCCCCGAUCAUAAUGAUAUCGCUUUCGUUGGAGACCAUUUCAUUCAGAUCUGCGAGCUUGGAAAAGACGGGCGCUUGAAGGAUAUUAUCCGGAAGAGUGAUUUUGGAUGCCGUAUUCGGAAUGCCUGUGUCGUCGGUUCCGCUAUCAUCCCCGAGCUCGACGACAACCCUUCCAGCCGACACGCAAUCAAGACCGAGGACAAUCCUGCAAAUGACCCAUUUAGCUUUUCUUCACAAAGGCUGCCAGCACCUGGCAACCAACUACCGCCUCAGUUCCUGGUGGUUGCCCUAGAGACCGGGGAUAAUGUCUUCAUGUUUGUCCAGCCAGGCCCUGACGGGAGGCCAAAGUUUGUUGGCAUAAGCUGCGGGGGCCGCAAGCACAUGAGAAAGCUUAUGGGAUUCAAUAUGGCCGUCGAUCCGAGCUCGCGCUACAUGGCCAUGGCUAGCCCUACGGACCAAUUCGUCGUUUCAGAGCUCACGCCGCAUGCGGAGCUGAACGAGUCGUACCUCCGCGGCGAGCCCCUGCGCAUGAUCAAGUCCAUCCGCCUUCGCAGCAUACCCGGCGUGAUACACAAGAUGACGUUCCUAUAUCCGCGGCCGGGGGAUGACCGCCACAUCAUACUCUUGCUCGUGCUCGUUAAACGCCGUAAAUCGAGGAUAGUGUCGACGACGGUCAUCUAUGAGUGGGAACUCGGUGACGACUUGAACAAGGUGUUUGCCGAAGAGAAACAAGGCCAUCGGAUGCCUGUCGAGUUCCAGGUGCCGCUAAUGCUGAUCCCUCUGACGGUUCAGUCCGCGUUCCUCGCCAUAUCCGCCGACGGAAUUGCCUUGUGCACCGAAUGUUUACAUGGGCCGCCCAUGUUCGAGACUAUCGCGAUAGCAGCGCGCCCUCCAACUGCAAAUUAUCGCGGGCGCCAGCACCCCCUGUGGACGGCGUGGGCCAGGCCUUUCCGCCUCUGGUCUUACAGCAAGAACCGCGAUUGCGUCUAUCUCGCCCGAGAGGACGGCGUGGUCCUUCUCUUAGAAGCCGAUCAAGAUAACGCCCUCACCAGCCACGCCUUGGACCCGUUUCCUUGCAAUAUAUCAGACGCCUUUGCGUGCCUCUUUGACCAUAGUACUGAUGUGCUUGUUCUUGGGAGCCACUCAGGCCCAGGGGGCUACUGGAAGCUUCCCCCACGGCAACCUGCAGAGCUUCUCGGGCACCUGCCAAAUUGGUCACCGGUCGUUGACUUCACAACCACUGACGACUUCACGGGGUGGCACCCUGAAUCUCACCCGGGGAAGGUUAUGAUACCGUGGCAACAAGCCAAACACCGAAAACCGGACCGCCUUUUUGCGACCUGCGAGGGCGGGAGCCAGGGGUCUAUCACAGAAUACCGUUACGGUCUGAAAGCCAAUAUCGGGCUCGAUCUCGAAUACGGGCCCGGGAUGAAACAGGCUUGGUUUCUCCCCAUCUCCGACUCAGCCUCUUUCGAAGGCUACUUAUUACUGAUUUCCAUGCCCGACUCCACUGCAGCCCUGCUGUUGUCCAAAGACUUCUCUAGCGCUACAGCCCCCGUUGAGGGGGCUAUACCGUAUGACCUAUCGUCGAGCACGCUGACUCUAGUGAGCCACGCGGAGCUGACGGUACAGGUCACUCAUCAGACCGUAGUUUUGGUGAACCAACAUCGAAGUGUUUCGUCGCCCUGUGAAUCUCUCCCGGGGCUUUCGAAUUAUCAAGUCGUCGACGCCUGUGUCCUUGACGACUGUGUUGUUCUCUCAGCAUAUGCCGACACUCAGUUUAAGAUCCAUGCGUUCAAAGUUGACUCCGACAACCUCGAACUUACACACGUCCGGACGAUCGACGUAAACGGCGAUGUCACCUGCCUUGCUAUAGGCGCUAAUCUCACCAUCCUGGCUGGCAUAUGGACGGGCUCACAGACAUCUCUGGCUUGGGUUUCACUGCACGAGCCCUUCAACGGCCUCCACAUGAUCGACCUCACCGAGUACGUGUCAGACAGUGAAUCGAAUGUUGAACUCAGCCAAGGGCGCUUGGUUGAAGGAAUCGAAAGCAUCAUCUCGGUCAGGGAUACUGUUUUUCUCGGUACUCGGAGCGGAAAUGUGAUAACGGUAAAGAACACUGCGGACCCUGUAUCCAUCCAGUCUGAGAAGUUCGGCACGACACCCGCGAUCAUCAGUUGCAGAUAUCGGGAUGAUGCACGCCAUCCUACCGUAUUUGUUUGUUGCGAUAACAGCCUCGUCUCUAUUCGCUUCCGUCAAUCUAUCUCCUGCCCCUAUAGUAGCGACGGCGGCGAUCUCAAGGCGAAUUUCCGCGUUUGGCCGGUAGAUGCCAGCAAACUCGAGGCCGGCGCGCUGCCGAUUCAAUAUGCCACAGCUGUGGACAUGCCAUCCGAGUCUGGCAUUACUCCGGUUCUCAUGAUAUCCGGCUCGAGACUCUUGCUCACAGAGAUGCAUGAGGAACCCGGGCCGGUCCAUCGGAGCAUCCCCGUUGGAGGAGGGAUGCCCAACAGAGUGAUGUACUGCCACUACAUGCAAUGUCUUGUUGUUGCGGUCGACAGCAAGAACGGCCCGACUUUGAUGUUCAUCAAUCCCGACACAGGAGAAGAUAUCGGCAAACCCACCGAUCAAAAGAAGGUACCGCAACCAUGCAUCGCCGGUCUAGGGAAGAAAGAUGACCGGAUUACGGCUCUCGCGGAAUGGAAUUACAGAAGGGACGGUCACGUCUGGAACUUCAUCAUCGUCGCCACCACAAGCGGCCGCCUCAUCGUGAUCACUACCGAAAAAGAGGUGCCACGAGACGGUGGCCCCACGACGUACCGCUACUGGACGCGGUUCAGGAAGGAAGUCAAGGAGCCGAUAUAUGCCGUCGUCGGCUACGACGAAGGCCUCAUCUACUGUGCCGGCCGAACGGUUUACUGGGAGGUGCUAGACCACCAAGACAAGAAGCUCCGGCCGGUCAAGUCCUUCACGCUGAGCUCGGCAGCCACGAGCCUGCGCAUCUCCAACGGCAAGCUCAUGGCCCUGACCUACCACGACUCGCUCGUCGUCCUCGACAACCUCGACACGAACGCGGACAACACCCGGCUCUGCUACGCCGACCCCUGGCGGCGGCUCGCCUUCGACUCCAUCGAGAUCGCGGGGCCGCAGACCGACGACGCCGCGGGCGGCAUCCACCUCGUCUCGGACCGGGAGCGCGGCGUCGCGGGCCUGUGGGUGUCGUGGCAGACGCGCGACCGGGAGUGCGAGGUCGUGCUCGAGGCCGAGCUGCUGUCGUCGGUCCGCCGCCUGCGCCGCGGCCGCACCCGGCCCGUCUGGGCCCAGCUCGCCGCGGGCCGGCCCCGCUUCGGCCGCCUCCCCGCCACCGUCGACGACGCGCAGAUCCUCGGCGUCGCGCUCGACGGGUCUCUGCACCAGUUCACCCUCCUGGCCGUCGACGCCUGGCGCCUGCUGCGCUUCGUGCAGAACUUGGCCGUGGCGAGGCCCAUGAUGUGUCCCUUUGCUGCGGGCGUGGCGCGUCUGCGUGAGGAUGAGGAUGACGAGGAUGCUGUUGGUUCCGGGGAUGCGGGUCCGGAGCCGCGCCCCGGGCACGGCUUGGAGAUGCAUGUGGACGGGGAUAUCCUGGGCCGUUGUCUGGAGAGGAGGGUGCUGGAGCUACUGGUGGUUAAGGAGAAGCAUAUUGCGAGGUUCAAGGAGCUCCUGAGAGCGCUGGAUGGUGGGCAGCAUACGGAGGGGUUUGCCGUGACGGGGGACCAUGCGAAGUACUUUCGGCUUGCAUACGAUGUCCUGGAGUACUACUUGUCGCCUGCGAUCUGAGGACAUCAAGGAAAGGGGAAAGGGGAAAUGGGCGUUAAAUGGGGGGGGUGAUAUGUUUAUUUGGUGAUUUCAGAAACAUGCAUAUGCCUUCACCAUAUCAAGUGACAGUGAGGGUACAUGAAUGUCGGUAGGUAGGUAUGCAUGUAUAAGCACCCGGGUCCCAUUGCUACACUGAGUGGCUCGACUUUCUGCUUCGAGUUCUUGUUUGAGGCACAAAAUUAAUUAAUUCAAGCU